AUGGAUGUCGCUGUCACUGUCCAUAUGCUCGAUGGGAGCCACUUGACUGUCCCAGCAACGCAAAGUAUGCUAGUCAGAGAUCUCAAAGCAGCUGUGGUUGCCCGCCUCUGCUUGCGGCCUCUGGAGGCAGCUACCUGCGGAUUCUUUCAGAUUAGCGCACAGGGUCUUGACAUCUUCGUAAGUGAAGACACUAUGCUUGUGGAUAUCUACUCUCCAAGAAACAAACUCAUUAAGUGUCUUCUAUUUACCCUUAUCGUCCCAGAUGUGAGUGGUGUUCGUGCUGUAGUAGAGGACUCCAAGCUGAGGGCAAAGUGCAGCAUCCCAGACUAUUAUUCGGAGUGUUCUGCCGUAUACAAGGGAAUGCUCAUUCACCACGCAUUGGACAAGAUUCAUCGGGGCCAUGUUCUUGCUCACAGCGACCGUCUUCUUGAGAACACCUCUGAUCUUUGCUGCUACUUUAUCGCAGUCAAGUAUGGUGCACUAAUACUUGAGCUGAAUCAGCAUAUAAUCCCCCUCGAAGUAUCCCAGGCUUUGGAGCAGACUGCCUGGGACCCCGAGGCUCUUACUGAGUCUGCAAUGCAAGAAAUUUAUAGGGAUGCUAGGUCUCUUCUCAAGUAUUCAUCGCAGGAGGCAAUAUUAUCAGACUUUCUGUACUGUUUCUCGAAGUUGGCGCUCUAUGAUUCGCUAUCAAUUCCGGCCGUCUGGAUUGGUGAUUUGAUUAAUAAAGGUGGAGGCCAGACAGUUAAGAUGGUGGACAGGCCGGAUACAGCAAAGUCUAUCUAUUGUUAUCUAUUAUUGACUCGGGAGUACAUCUGUUUGGCCAGUAGGGAUAGCAUGCAGAUUAUUGAAUCUAUCCCUGUGCCAAGCCUGCGGCGACUUUUCUAUUACUCAGAUUAUUUAUCGCUCUACUUUUCCAUGCCACAAGGACAGGAGCUCUAUUUCAAUCUGAGUGUUGUCUGCACAGAGAAUUGCGCACGCUUGAUAGAGGCGUAUUAUACUGUCUCACGCCACAUCCUCGAUCGCUACCAGCAGACAACAGGAUGA